CUGGGAAGGACCGGCCCGGGCCGGCCGGCGGGGCGAGGCGGCGCUCCCCGGGAAGGCGGCGCUCCUGCCGCGAUCCUGCCGCGAUCCUGCCGCGCCCCUGCGCGUCCGCGGCCGGAGCAGCGGGGACAGCGGGGACAGCAUGGUGGCGCGGCCGCUGCUCCGCGCCGUCAUCAUGGGGCCGCCGGGCUCCGGGAAAGGCACCGUCUCCGCUCGGAUUAUCAAGCACUUCGGCGUGAAGCACCUCUCCAGCGGCGACCUGCUGAGGGACAACAUGCAGAAAAAGACAGAAGUGGGAAUCCUUGCCAAGUCCUACAUUGACCAAGGGCAGCUUAUUCCAGAUCACAUCAUGACACAACUAAUGCUGAAUGAGAUAAAAGGUUUAGACCAGUACAACUGGCUAUUGGAUGGUUUCCCCAGAACAGUUGCUCAGGCAGAAGCGCUCGAUCAAGAAUGUCACAUAGACACCGUGAUUGACCUAGACGUGCCAUUUGAGACCAUAAAGGGUCGGCUUACAGCACGCUGGAUCCACCCUGCCAGUGGCAGAGUCUACAAUCUCGAAUUCAGUCCUCCCAAAGUGCAGGGAAUUGAUGACAUUACUGGCGAGCCCCUUGUUCAGCGUGAUGAUGACAAGCCAGAGACUGUCAGCAAGAGGCUCCAGGCUUAUGAUGCACAAACAAAACCCGUCCUAGAAUAUUAUCGGACUGUUGAGCAGAAAUCAAUGUCCAGCCUGCACUUCUGUGGUGGUUUGACAGGAAAUGUGUUUUUUGGGAUGCUGUGUUUGGGCCAAUGGAUAUUCAGGCUUUAAUACUGGCAUUUAACCUGGCCAUUUAGGACAUGGACACGCCUCUGAGAACACGGGGUUAAAAGCAGAGCUCUCCCCUGGGAGGGUCCUCUUGGGUUUCCCGCGGGAAAGAGUUGGGGUCUGUCCCCUGGCCCAGCUGCUGGCUGGGCAGGGGGAGGGGAAAGCCAUGUGGCCGAGAGAGGUAGGCCUGAGCCCGGGGGUGGAAGGGUGGAACAGAGAGAGAGAGACACCUGAGACUGUAACCUUGGUGCCGGCAGCACGGCUGGGACGGAGAAGAAGGGGGGGGUUCAGCCAGCCGCUUGUAGGAGCUUUUAACCCUUUUUUCGGAGAAUGAGAACUUUACAGAUCAUUGACCUCUCCUAGAAGAUAGAGUGGAAGAUGAGGAAGGAAAUGUGCAAGUGUGAGAGAGGUCUGGGCAAGCGAGAGAUAGUGGAAGAAUAGAGAAGAAUCCUAGUGGGAAGAGAUGAUGGAGUGGCUUUUGCUGGACUCUUUUUGUACAGCCAUGGACAGAACCAUGUUCCUUGUGACACAGAGACUGCAUUCUAGGGGGAGGCAAUGGCCACAGAACCAAGAGGGUUCAGUGUCAGUGCCCCUCGGCCCCAGGGGGUGAAAAAUAUGGGGGAGACAGGUGUCUCAAAGGAGAGAUUGUGCCUUUUUUUGGAUCAGGACAGAGCAUCCUUAAAAGACAACCCUAGAAGCAGCUCUGGUCCAUGUUCAGUGGUGAGAGCACUGGACAUGAAAGGAAGAGGUCACGACAGCAGAUGUACUCCGGGCGGUGCCAUGAGUGACACAGAAACACACGAGGCUUCAGCUGUGUUUCCAGGGGAAGCCCAUGGUACAAGAAGGACUCCUCUCCUCUUGAUGAACUGAGGAUUGAUUGUCUAAAAGGUGGUGCUGGACCGAGAGUUGGUGAUUUGAGGAAUAAAUGUAUUGUGUUGGAAAUUUGGUGGGGGGAGGAGGAAAUGCAUUUGUGAGGUUUUCAUUUUCCCUGUGUGUGUGUGUUCCUUUAUUUGUAGUUGUAGAGUAGUUAAUAAAGUUCUGUUUUCUUUCCUAA